ACUGGCCUCCAUAACUAUAUGAGCCACACUACAACUCAAUAUCGAUAUGGUUAUCGUUGAAGAACGGUUUGUAUACGCAACGGAAACGCACUUAACGGUUAUGAAAACCUCUCUCUUCUACCCUGGAGACGGCUUCGCGGCUUACGAUAGCAACGGCCAGCUCGUUUUCCGUGUGGACACAUACGGUCCAGACACCCGUGAGCUCGUACUCAUGGAUCAAUACGGCGUCUGUCUCCUCACCCUGCGCCGCAAAUGGCCGAGUUUACAUAACCGGUGGGAAGGUUAUUUAGGCGAGAGGAGAGACAAUGAGAAUCAGAAGGCGAUAUUCAGCGCGAGGAGAUCGUCACUUAUCGGGCGAUCGAGUGUGACGGUGGAGUUGUUUGCCGAUCAGACGGAGGUGUACCGAAUCGAAGGGCAAUUCGGUCUCCGAAACUGCCGGAUAUAUGAUUCGGCUAAGGAAACAAAGGCGGAGAUUAGAAGAAAAGUGGAUGUUUCAACAAAUGUGAUGCUUGGGAAGGAUGUUUUUUUGGUUACGUUGAAACCGGGAUUCGAUGGUGCGUUUGCAAUGGGUUUAGUUUUGGUUUUAGAUCAGAUCAACGGUGGUGAUGGUGUUGUUGAUCUGGACCCUAAUACAGAUGAUUGUAAUUCGUCGUCUUGAGUUAAUGUCAUUGAUUAUUAUCAUAUUGAAAAUAUUAUUUUUUGAA